AUGUGGUUCGACGGGUCCAGGACAAGCCAGGGGGCAGGCGCCGGAGUUCACAUCAUCACGCCCUUGGGAGCAUCCUACCAGUUGUCAUUCAGACUCCGGUUCGAAUGUACUAACAAUCAAGCAGAAUAUGAGGCCCUAAUAUUCGGUUUCGAGAUUUUAGCCGAGCUUGGGGCAAAGGCGAUCAACGUCAAAGGAGAUUCUUUGCUAGUCAUUAAACAAGUGACAGGAGAAUUCAAAUGCGAGUCCGAGCUAUUGGUGAGAUAUUGCAACAAGGCGAAAUACUUGGUCGAAGGCUUUCAGGAUACGAGGAUAGAAUACACAGAGAGGGCCGAUAACAGCGUUGCAAACGACCUAGCUCAGCACGGUAGUGGUUACAAGGUAAACCAUCAGUUCGACGCUAUAGAGAGGGAAGCGCCGAAUCUCCAUACCGGGGGCAUCACGAUCGACGAAAGACAAUUCUCAGUUUACCAGCUGGACGUCACCCAAGAUUGGAGGGUCGAGCUCCUGAAAUGGUUUGAAGAGCCAGAUCCCACGGAUAGGAGGUUGAGAACGUUGGCCCUGAAUUACGUUGUGUUAGCCGGCGAACUAUAUAAGAAGGGCUUCGAAGGGCUACUCUUGAGGUGCAUCGGUCCAAAAGAAGCUAUGCUUGCAAUGGCCGAGGUACACGAAGGAAUAGCUGGCGCUCACCAAGCGGGUCCCAGAAUGAGGUGGUUGAUCCAUAAAUACGGUUUUUACUGGCUGAAAAUGGAACAGGACUGCGUAAGAUAUGCCAAAGGUUGUGAAGCCUGUCAAAAAUUUGGCCCGAUACAGCACGUCCCGGCCGAAGACCUGCACUCCAUUAUCAAGCCAUGGCCAUUCAGAGGAUGGGCAGUCGACCUAAUAGGGAAGAUAUACCCUGGCUCGUCAGACGGUCAUGCUUUUGUGAUUAUCGCCACUUGCUAUUUUACCAAAUGGGUCGAAGCUAAACCCUUGAAGUCGCCGACACAGGAAGCGGUGAUCAAGUUCUUCAAAGAAUACAUCGUCCACCGACACGGGUUACCCGAGUCUAUAACCACAGAUCAAGGGACGAUGUUCACAGGAGGCGACAUAAGUUGGUAG